UGCUUCUGGAACAGGCUAAAUAAACCACAGGAAACAGACACGCUAUUGAAGGUUUAGUUUGCACAUCAUAACGCUAACACAUCAAAACUACGUUUAUCUGAUGUACAGCAGAUGUCUUUAGUGUUAGUGAUUUGAACCUGGUACAACAUCACAAAAUCAGCGAUCUGGUCCAGCUACAGAGAGAAAUUACGGGCGUUCAGUGUAGCUGUAGGAGUUCCAGUUUCCAAGGAAGCAGUGGGAGUGAUUUUGACCAUGAAUCAUUCAAUGGCUAAUAACAACACUUCUGCAAAUGGAACCAAUGAAGGAUGUGACCUGUAUAUUCACCGUAAUAUAGCCAGGAUCCUUUUACCUCUGGUCUACUCCAUCAUUUGUAUAGUUGGCAUCUUUGGGAAUAUCCUAGCCAUAAUGGCCAUAAACAGAAAACAGAAAAAAGUCAAUUCAACUACACUUUAUUCCAUGAAUCUGGUGAUCUCAGACAUUCUGUUUGCAGCUGUUUUACCUGCACGAAUAGUGUACUAUGCACGUGGAUUUAACUGGCCAUUCGGUGAAGCACUUUGCAGAAUAACUGCACUCAUUUGUUACAGCAACAUAUACGCUAGUGUCAGCUUCAUGACCUGCCUAAGCUUGGAUCGGUUCAUUGCUGUUAUAUAUCCAUUCCGCUAUUCCAGGUUCAGAAACAUCCAUAAUGUCAAAAAGGUCUGCAUUGUCAUCUGGAUCAUCAUACUUUGCCAGACAGUCCCACUGCUACUGAUAACAAUGUCUAAAGAAGUUCAAGGCAACUUUAUAACAUGCAUGGAAUAUCCAAAUUUUGAAAUAUUGCCAAAUCUUCCAGAAAUGCUUCUUGCUGCUUGCAUUGUGGGUUACAUCUUACCCAUGUCCUUUAUGCUGUUUAGUUAUUCUAAAGUCAGUUCAAAACUUGUUAGGACAGCAAAACAGAACCCUUUAACUGAAAAAUCAGGACGAAACAAAAAAGCCAACAACGUUAUCCUACUUGUCCUUUUCGUGUUCUUGGUAUGUUUCACCCCAUACCACGUGGUCAUUAUGCAGCACAUGGUCAAAAAGCUGCCAGUACACACAAACUGCCAGGAACAACAGCAUUUUCAAAUGGCUCUCCAUCUGACUGUUUCCAUAAUGAACUUCAAUUGCUGCCUGGACCCCUUCAUCUACUUCUUUGCCUGCAAGGGCUACCGAAGCAUCGUCCUCAAGAUGAUUAAGCGGCCAGUUAGUGUGUCCAUUUCAAGUGGAAUUAAGUCUACAGCGGACAACUGCUCACCUAGCACAGGGAAUCACCUGCACACAGCGGGGACAGCUUCUGAUACCAAUUUAUAAACAAUCUGCUUGAAAUUGCUGGACAAGUCCAGACAAAUAAACCACUGUAAUUUCAUUGAUAAUUGGAUCAAGUCCUCAGGGUAUGUAUUACCCGAAACACAUUCAGUCCCACCACUGCCAUGGCUGUAAUGUGUAUUAUCCACAAGGUGCACUGUAACAACUCACCAAGGUUCCUUCGACAAUCUCUCUCAAUCUUGCAACCUCUGCCCCCCAAAGAUGAACAAUGGAACAAGCAUAUGAGAAGAGCAGAAGUAUUAUUUGGAAAUAUGUCUGCUGUUUCCUCAACAUCAUUGGAUCAAGAUUCUGGAACUUGCUGCCCAACGGCACUUCACUGGGUGGACUGUAGUGGUUCAACAAGACUGCUCAACAACAAUUCGUGCUGAACAAUAAAUAUUGACCUUGCCUUUAACACAAUGAUAGAUAAAUGAGGAGAAAUUCAGUUGUUCUGUAUAUCAAGAUAUAUAUAUAUAGUGUAUAUAAAUACAUUUUAGUCGUUUUAAUUUAUAUUUGUAGCUUUCCUCUUUCCUUGAAAUUUAGUUACAUAAUAUAAUCAAAAGGGGGAAUGUCAAUAAUUUUCCAUUUGUCUGAUCCAUGACAUCCAUCAGGGCUCAUAAUGGUGUGGGAUUUAUUCGUCUUGACUGGAGUUACACAGUGACCUUUGCUCUAAGUAGUUUCUCAUUCAAUUUAACAUAGCAGCUGCAAUAACAUUGCACAUCUAAAUGUACCCCAGGAAGAUGUUGCUAAAACCUUCAUCCUUUGUCAUGAAGCUUCACUAUCCUCAUGUAUCCCUGGUCAUAUCUUUAGACUGCAGUAAAUCUAUAUCCUUACUUGCAAAAAAUCCCAUUUACCCUUCACCUCUGCGAUUAAGUAUCAACGCUAGCUUGCUAGCUUACUAGCUUCCUCUUAUCAAAGUCAUUCUCCUUUUCCAAUCCUUCCAUGAUCUUGGCUCUUCUUAUCUCAGUAAUGUCCCACAAUACUAUCCUUCAAGAUCUCUGUGCUCUUUCAAUCCUGGCCCGUCAUGCAGCCCAAUGUUCCACCAUAGAUAACCUUCUUUUCAGUGGCCAAGGUCCAAAGCUCUGAAAUUCUGUCCCAAAACCCAUUUGCUUUUCCAUAUCACUUUACUUCCUUAAGAUGCUGCUUAAAAGCUACCUCUUUGACCAAACUUUUGGUCAUCUUCCCUAAUGCCUCCAUAUGUGGCUUUGGCCCAGAUUUACGAUGUGCCCUGGGGCAUUUUUCUGCAAUAAAGGUGCUAUUUAAGUACAAGCUGCUAGACUACUUAUGAGCUGGAAGUAACUUCUAUUAAAUGCUUUUGCUUCAGCCUUGUGUAUAUUAAAUUCUUAAAUGACAUUGCUGACUGUAAUUACCUCUAUUCUACUGCUAAUCUAUGCAAUGUUAAUAACACUUCUUCAACAAAAUGUCCACAAUAUUCUUCACUGAUAAUU